AUGUCCCUCGGCGCGCCCACGAGCAGCGACGCCUGCCUGAGCAUCGUGCACAGCCUGAUGUGCCACCGGCAGGGCGGGGAGAACGAGACCUUCGCCAAGCGGGCCAUCGAGAGCCUGGUCAAGAAGCUCAAGGAGAAAAAGGACGAGCUCGACUCGCUCAUCGCCGCCAUCACCACCAACGGCGCCCACCCCAGCAAGUGCGUCACCAUCCAGCGCACCUUGGACGGGCGGCUCCAGGUGGCCGGCAGGAAGGGGUUCCCCCACGUCAUCUACGCCCGGCUCUGGCGCUGGCCCGACCUACACAAAAACGAGCUGAAACACGUCAAAUUCUGCCAAUUCGCCUUCGACCUCAAGUACGACAGCGUCUGCGUCAACCCCUACCACUACGAGCGCGUGGUGGCCCCCGCCAUCGGUGAGCCAGUCCCAGCGCCACCCUUGGGGGGGUCGCAGCCCACCCCCCCGCCGCAGCCCAGCAGCCGGAGCCACCCGCAGCCCCCGCUCCACCACCCCAACCACUACUGGCCCCCACACCAUAGCUCCGGGCCGUACCAGCAACCGGUGUCCACCCACCCCGGGCCAGAGUUUUGGUGCUCCAUCGCCUACUUCGAGAUGGACGUGCAGGUGGGGGAGAUCUUCAAGGUGCCGUCCAGUUGCCCCGUGGUCGUCGUGGACGGUUACGUGGACCCUUCAGGGGGGGACCGCUUCUGCCUGGGGCAGCUCUCCAACGUACACCGCACCGACGCCAGCGAGCGGGCCCGGCUGCACAUCGGGAAGGGCGUGCAGCUGGAGUGCCGGGGCGAGGGCGACGUCUGGAUGCGGUGCCUGAGCGACCACGCCGUCUUCGUGCAGAGCUACUACCUGGACCGGGAGGCCGGGAGAGCCCCUGGCGACGCCGUGCACAAGAUCUAUCCCGGCGCCUACAUCAAGGUGUUUGACCUGCGCCAGUGCCACCGCCAGAUGCAGCAGCAAGCAGCCACGGCCCAGGCUGCGGCCGCCGCUCAGGCUGCCGCCGGGCCCGGCAACAUCCCGGAGGGAGCAGGGGUGGGUUUGGGGCUGGGGUCGAGGGUUUUGUGCUGGCCACCGAGCCGUCCCCUCCGCAGGGAGAGCCAGGUGGAGCUGCGGGAGCACAUCGACAGCCUGGCCACGGAGCUCUGCCGCAUCAAUGAGGACCAGAAAGUGGCGCUGGACCUUGACCCCUACGUGAAGAAGCUGCUGAACGCCCGGCGCAGGGUGGUGCUGGUCAACAACAUCCUGCAGAACGCCCAGGAACGGCUGCGGAGGCUGAACCACAGCGUGGCCAAGGAGACGGUACGGAGGAGGGCUAUGCUGGAGGCGGCAGGUGGCUACCCCCAGGGCCUGCCCGGCAAGUGA